UUUAUUCUCAUUCCACAGGUCUUGUCUUUAAGUCACGGACGAACGAGCAUCAAAAAUCGCAGACAUGGACUUGAUGAAGUGUGAUAAAUGCGUCAAUAGAGCGCUCCCAGCGACAUGUUGUUGGCAUCUUUUCGGGCAGUGAUGCAGACUUUUCCAGCGUCUUCUUUUCGUCAUCGAUAGCACUAAAAACACAAGGCAACCAACCAAAGGACGGGUGAGGUAGGUAGGGUGUAGGUAGCCAAUCAGAAAGGCUUCGUCGUUGCGGACAGCGUGAACGGCUGCCAAAUACUUUGAUGCAACGCCGAAAGUAAAAUUAAACUUCCUCCACCACCCCUGGCAGGAGAGCUACCGUAUCCCGCCUCGUCACACGGUGAGCCCUUUCUUAGUUGUGAGGACACGUCAGGAGAGACGGAAGAAUAUUGAUGUUCGGCUCCGGUUCCAGUACUACCAAUCGCCAUGCAUUCGACGUACGUCAAAAUGGCCAUGGAUCGCCAACGGGCGGAGCUCCGGAACCGAAGACACCGUCGGCUAAGAACAGCCAUGGCGUUCCAAAACAAAGUGAAAGAUUGCUGCCGGAAGGUCACCGCCUUCUUCUUUACGCAAAUCGGAGUUUGUGGACUUAUUGUCGGAUACACAAUAGUUGGCGCCUUCAUGUUUAUCGCCUUAGAAGCGGAAGCCAGACAUCCUUUGACACAGGAAGUCAUUAUUCGACGCCGAUCCUGCGUCGACUACCUGUGGAACAUUACUCAUCACCUCAAUGUCCUGAAUUACGACCAAUGGCGCCAGGACGUCAAUCGCACCGUUUUCGAGUAUCAAACGCACAUGGUGCGUCACAUCCGGCGAGGUUACGACGGUACCGACGAAAAUCCCUUAUUAAUGCGCUGGACCAUUCCGGCCGCUUUAAUGUAUUGCAUCACCAUUUACACGACCAUCGGUUACGGUAAUUUGACACCGAGAACAGCUGGCGGCAAACUAGCCACCGUUUUUUACGCCCUCGUCGGCAUCCCGUUGAUGCUCCUCUACAUGGCCAACGUCGGCGAUAUUUUGGCGACGUCAUUCAAAUUUACCUACCAGAAAAUGUGCAAGUGCCCCAAACGACGGAGGAGGGGUCAAUUGACGUCGACAAAUGAACUCGAAGUUGCGAUUCAACAGCCGCCCAAAGAGAAGCGAAAGAAACCGAAAGGCAAUAGCGCCAUUGAGCCAGCCAUGGCUGUAUCGGUCGUUCCGGUGGAAACUGAAGCGGAAUUAGGUCCGAAUGUUUUCGAGCCGCAAACUGUUUCCGUCACCAGUUGUUUGGUCGUCAUCAGCAGUUUCGUCAUCGGCGGCGCCAUCCUCUUCAGCAUCUGGGAGGAUUGGGGCUAUGUGGAUGGCUCCUAUUUCUGUUUUACUAGUUUAUUAACGAUCGGUUUCGGGGAUUUCGUUCCCGGUCAGACGAUUGCCCAUUCGCAAGACGCCGUCGACAGUAAACUCAUCAUUUGCGCCGUUUAUCUUUUGCUGGGCAUGGCUUUACUGGCCAUGUGUUUCAAUCUGAUGCAAGAGUCUGUUUUCAUGAAAAUCAAACGACUAGGACGCCGGCUUGGCUUACUCAGAGACAGAGUUGCAUCCUGAUACACAAUAAUAACACUGCCGUCUAUUUAUUGGAUUUUUUUUUUUAAAGCUAUCUUUAUAUACAUAUAUUUAAUCUUUUUUUUUGUUUUUUUUCGUCAUAUGUUGUUGUUGUUGAAAAUGUAUUUAUAACAAUUUCCAUAUGUGCCACGUUGCAAUAUAUCAAAGGACACUGUUAA